GCCUUGUGCAUGGGCGAUCGCUCUCUUCGCAAUUAGUCUUUGAUGCGAAUUAGGGUAGAGUAAACGUGUUUCAACAUGAUUUCAGUUCGUCUGAAGCCAGUUUUACGCAUGUUGUUGUUAUUGUGGAUGCACUUCUCGUUGGCACUGUGCGCAGCCAACUCGAUUCAUCCGAAAUACAAAGCUCCUUCAAUUGUAGCCGAAUCGACAAGGACGGAGAGCAGCAGCGCGAGAGGCGAUUUUCAUCUGACAGCAGGAUCCUUGUUGCAAAAGAAUGAGACCAGCCAGCCCCCUUUGCAUAGAAGUACGCAGGUGCAGCAAAUUGAGAAGAAGCUCACAAACAGCAAUCAACCUACGGUUCAACAGCUCCCACUCAUGGAGACAGCCCCUUCAACCGACCAGUCCGUAGAGAUGGUCGACGAAAUAUCUGGCUUUCAUCCACUAACCGUUGAGAUCGGACCACGCAUUACACUGGACACGCUGCCCAUCUGCGGAAGUGGCUUUAAGCUUCUUGGAAAUCAUUGUCGCAAGGAGGCCUAGAGUGGUUCACAAUAAACGCGCAUGCAAUAA